UCCUUUCUUUGCAAAAUGGCGGCGGUAGCUCAGGUCCAGUCCCCGUCCCCGUCCCCGUCCCCUGCUCCCGUCCCGGCAGCCCCAAGUCCAGCAGCCGCACCGCCAGUUGCGGCCACCCCAGCGGGAGGUGCAGCGCCGCCUGUGCCUCCCACUACAGCAGCCCCGGGUCCAGCAGGCCCGGCAGCGCUGCCUGGCCCCUUCCCCGGCGGCCGCGUGGUCCGGCUGCACCCGGUCAUCCUGGCCUCCAUCGUGGACAGCUUCGAGCGGCGGAACGAGGGCGCGGCCCGGGUCAUUGGGACCCUGCUGGGCACUGUGGACAAGCUCUCAGUGGAAGUCACCAAUUGCUUCUCGGUCCCACACAACGAGUCCGAAGAUGAGGUGGCUGUUGAUAUGGAAUUUGCUAAGAAUAUGUAUGAGCUGCACAAGAAGGUUUCCCCUAGUGAAAUCAUUUUGGGGUGGUAUGCUACGGGCCAUGACAUUACAGAGCACUCUGUCCUGAUCCAUGAGUAUUAUAGUCGGGAAGCACACAAUCCAAUCCACCUCACUGUGGACACCAGUCUCCAGAAUGGGCGCAUGAGCAUUAAAGCCUAUAUCAGUGCUCCGAUGGGGGUCCCUGGUAAGACCAUGGGGGUGAUGUUCACACCUCUGACAGUGAAGUAUGUUUACUAUGACACUGAGCGGAUAGGAGUUGAUCUCAUCAUGAAAACCUGUUCGAGUCCCAGUCGAGUGAUUGGCUUGUCCAGUGACUUGCAGCAGGUGGGGGCAGCGUCAGCCCGGAUCCAGGAUACCCUGAGCACAGUGCUGCAGUAUGCAGAGGAUGUGCUGUCAGGUAAAGUGGCUGCUGACAACACUGUUGGGCGCUUCCUGAUGGAUCUUAUUAACCAGGUGCCAAAGAUUUCACCGGAGGACUUUGAGACAAUGCUGAACAGCAAUAUCAACGACCUGCUGAUGGUGACCUACUUGGCAAAUCUCACUCAGUCGCAGAUUGCUCUCAAUGAAAAACUUCUGAGCUUAUGAUGGACUCCCUGCCUUCUGUCACUUGAGAGCCUGAAGAUACAGCAGAGCUACUCUUCCUACAAUCUGUUCUGCUACUGAAUUUAGUUGGACAUUAAUGUAAUUGCCUAAAUGAUUCAGUAUUCCCCCAUAUCCCUCUUGAUUCCCACCUCUGCCCCAAAAAAUCCUUCCACUGUGGUUCAGAUAUUGAAUCAAAACUGGGUGUGAGCCAGUUUUAUUAUUGAAAAUGGAAUUAAUUGAUGGCUACUCUUUAGUGCUCAUGAGCUGCUGUCCUAGGUUAGCCAUUUAUAUAACAAACACAACUCCAUUGUAUUGUGAGGAUUAUUGUUUCUAAAUAAAGUUCCAUUCCACUGAUAA